GGUUGCAAACAUCCCAAGAUGCCCGAUUUUAUGCAGUUUCAAGAAAAUUCGAACCCUUCAGCAACGAAAAUAAAAAUUUAGUGAUUCAGUUUUCCGUAAAGCACGAACAAAAUAUAGAUUGUGGUGGAGGAUAUGUAAAACUUUUUGAUUGCUCUUUAGAUCAGAAAGAUAUGCAUGGGGAAUCCCCAUAUGAAAUUAUGUUUGGGCCUGAUAUUUGCGGACCUGGAACCAAGAAAGUCCAUGUUAUCUUUAGCUAUAAAGGAAAAAACCAUCUAAUUAAAAAGGACUUGAGAUGCAAAGAUGAUGUUUAUACCCACUUUUACACGCUUAUUGUAAAGCCCGACAACACCUAUGAAGUUUUAAUUGACAACGAAAAAAUUGAGUCUGGUAACCUUGAGGAUGAUUGGGAUUUUCUUCCGCCAAAGAAGAUUAAGGAUCCAAACGCUAAGAAACCUGAAAAUUGGGACGAUAGGCCCACAAUUCCAGAUCCCGACGAUAAGAAGCCCUUGGAUUGGGAUAAGUCCGAGUAUAUUCCCGAUCCUGAUGCUACUAAACCAGAAGAUUGGGAUGAUGAAAUGGAUGGUGAAUGGGAACCGCCCAUGGUAGACAACCCAGAUUACAAAGGAGAAUGGCAGCCUAAGCAACUAGACAAUCCGGAUUACAAAGGAGCUUGGGAACAUCCAGAAAUUGAAAAUCCCGAUUAUAAACCAGAAGGAGAUUUAUACUUAAGAAAGGAGUUGUGCAUACUAGGUUUUGAUUUAUGGCAAGUUAAGUCUGGUACAAUAUUUGACAACGUACUCAUAACUGAUAAUAUCGAUGAAGCUUUUAAAAAGGCAUCAAAAGUAAAAGAUAUUCAAGCUGGGGAAAAGAAAAUGAAAGAAGCACAGGACGACGAGCAACGGAAAAAAGAUGAAGAGGAAGCUAAAAAGAAUGUGGACAAAGAUGAUGACGAAAAAGAUGAGGAUGAAGUAGAUGGUCCACAGCUAAAUGAUCAUGACGAACUUUAAGCUUUUUUAAUAAAAAAUAUUCUAAGUAUUCUAAAAGAACAGAUAGAAAGUUAUUGUGAUUUCGUUUCUACCGAAAAAUUUCGUCUUUAAUGACCUCUUUCUCUUUUCGUGUUCGGUUCUAAAAUAAAGGCAAAGAGUGGGGAAUUAAUUUUUUCGUUUCUUUAAAUGUUACACCAUUGUAAGGCAUAAAAGGCACAUUCCUUGCCCUUUGAAGCUUUGUAUUGCCUUGAAAAUCAGAUAGUUGCUUAAAACGACAAUAUUAUGAAUUGCGUGAGCUAGACAAGGAAAAGAUGACGAAAACAUACCCGUUUUACAGAGUUGACUGUAACAUCAAACAUAUUUUGCACUGUUGAAGCGCGAAUUUUUUGGAAGAAACACGGAAAAUCAAAUCGUAUGGCGUUUUCGUUACCUUGUCAUUGUCCCCUUAUCACAAUCCCUAAGAACCGGGCAGUGAAACACACAAAAUUUUUUGUAGAAACGAAAUCGCCAUUAAUUAAACGUUUAUUUAAAAUAAAAUUACCAGCCUUGUGCCUAAGCGAGGGCUCUUGCCAAGA